GCAGGCGCACCGCGGGCGGCUGCAAUGGCGCUGCCGGGGGCGGUGAACAGGUAUCUGCUGCUCAUGGCCCAGGAGCACCUGGAGUUCCGCCUGCCGGAAAUAAAGUCUUUGCUUUCACUUUUUGGAGGUCAGUUCACCAGUAGUCAAGGAGCUUAUGGAAAGUCUCCUUUUUGGAUUCUUAGCAUUCCCUCUGAAGAGAUUGCCAGAAACUUAAUGAAACGGACAGUGUGUGCCAAGUCCAUAUUUGAACUUUGGGGUCAUGGAAAAUCUUCGGAGGAGCUGUAUAGUUCUCUUAGGAACUACCCUGUGGAGAAGAUGGUUCCAUUUCUGCAUUCAGAUUCUACGUAUAAAAUAAAGAUCCACACAUUUAAUAAAACACUGACACAAGAAGAAAAAGUCAGACGAAUAGAUGCACUUGAGUUUCUGCCAUUUGAAGGAAAAGUGAAUUUAAAGAAGCCACAGCAUAUAUUCUCUCUUUUGGAGGAUUAUGGUUUGGACCCAAACUGCAUCCCUGAGAAUCCACAUAAUGUUUAUUUUGGUAGAUGGAUUGCAGAUGGACAAAGAGAGCUUAUUGAGUCAUACAGUGUCAAAAAGAGACACUUUAUUGGAAAUACAAGCAUGGAUGCUGGUUUAUCGUUCAUCAUGGCCAACCAUGGAAAAGUGAAAGAAAAUGAUAUUGUCUUUGAUCCAUUUGUUGGAACAGGUGGCCUUCUGAUAGCAUCUGCUCAUUUUGGUGCAUAUGUAUGUGGGACAGACAUAGACUACAACACAGUUCAUGGCUUGGGAAAGGCUAGUAGGAAAAACCAGAAAUGGAGAGGACCAGAUGAAAACAUUAGGGCAAAUCUUCGUCAGUAUGGUUUAGAGAAGUAUUACCUUGAUGUCCUGGUUUCAGAUGCAUCUAAGCCUUCCUGGAGGAAGGGUACAUAUUUUGAUGCAAUCAUCACUGAUCCUCCAUAUGGAAUCAGAGAAUCUACAAGAAGAACAGGUUCACAGAAGGAAAUACCAAAGGGGAUAGAAAAAUGUCCAGAAAGCCACGUUCCUGUUUCCUUGAGUUAUCAUCUGAGUGAUAUGUUUUUUGACCUGUUAAACUUUGCAGCUGAGACCCUCGUAUUAGGUGGAAGACUAGUCUAUUGGUUACCUGUGUACACACCAGAAUACGUUGAAGAGAUGGUACCCUCGCACCCUUGCCUGAAACUCAUUAGCAACUGUGAGCAGAAGCUUUCCAGUCACACAUCAAGGCGCUUGAUAACAAUGGAAAAGGUGAAGAAUUUCGAGAACCGGGACCAGUAUUCACAUCUGCUAAGUGAUCGCUUUCUGCCGUACCAAGGUCAUAAUUCCUUCCGUGAGAAGUAUUUCAGUGGGGUAACCAAAAGAACGGCCAAGGAAGAAAAAUCUAGCCAGGAGUAAAAAUUAAGACUUUGACAAAGGAGAAAGAGUAAAGAUUUGAUAGAGAAGACAUCUGGAUGUGAACUUUUAUGUAUGAUACAGAAAACGUGUACUGUUUCAAAUGAUUUUAUGUAACAAAAUAAAUGCUACAAAGUAAAUUGA